CCAAUUCUUAAAGUUAGGUGGGGAGGAAAUGUGAGCUUUGUCUUUCAGGAAAGGCCAGUUCCCCCCAUCAUGUCCUUCCCCCCCAACCUCACAUCCUCCGUCCGCCCUGAAUAACCACCACUCCCAGCACAGUCCGCCUCGCUAGAUGUACACACACUGCUCCUACGGAGCGCAGACUGGGGAGCUGUAGAAGUGGGGUGCCUCUCCUAAACCAUGAAGCCCAGAAAGUCGCUGCAGGACAUACUGAGAGGGCUGAGCAGGAGCUUCAACUGUGCCACGGCCACUGGGGUGGAGCGUCAUGUGUUUCAGGAGAAAACGCUGAAGAAAAAGAGGCUUUGUGCUGCCUGCAGUGAGCCUGUUGUAUCUCAGGGAAGUGUUUGUAGAGUGUGCAAGAUAACAAGUCACAAAAAAUGUGAAGGCAAGGUGACUCCUGGCUGCUCCACCCCCCCUCCAGCUGAUAUGAGGAGAAGGACGGCCCCGGGACCCAGCAUCCAGCACAUGGGUUCUACAAAAUCUGUGAACAUCAAACAGCGAAGCUCUCUGCCAAGAAAUUUCAGCUUGGACCAUGUAAUCCAGCACAGCUAUGACCUGGACCUUACGUACAUCACAGAACGCAUUAUCAGUGUCUAUUUUCCAACCAAUCUGGAGGAACAGCGCUACCGCGCCAACCUGCGAGAAGUGGCAUCCAUGCUCAGAUCCAAACAUGAGGAUAAAUACCUGCUUUUUAACUUAUCCAGGAAGAGACAUGAUAUCGCCAAGCUCAAUCCUAAGAUCCAAGACUUUUUCUGGCCAGACUGCCAUGCACCCCCACUGGAUGUUAUUUGCUCCAUAUGUAAAGCCAUGGAGGCCUGGCUGGCACAAGAUCCUCAGCAUGUGGUCGUCCUCCUUUGCAAGGGAAAUCAGGGGAAAACAGGAGUGGUCAUUGCAUCCUACAUGCACUAUAGCAAAAUAUCUGCAAGUGCGGAUCAGGCUCUCAGUACUCUUGCCAUGAGAAAGUUCUGCGAAGAUAAGGUCUCCAUGUCUCUGCAUCCAUCCCAGCGCAGAUAUAUUAAUUAUUUUGGAGGCCUGCUGUCUGGCACCAUUAAAAUCAGCAGUGAUAUGCUAUCUCUUCAAUGUGUGCUGCUGCCAGCCAUUCAGACAGAUGGAGGAUUCUGUCCUUUUUUAAAGAUCUACCAGUCGAUGCAGUUGGUCUACACAUCUGGAAUCUAUUCAAGUCAUGGAGGAACAACACCUCAGAAGCGCCAGCUGCGCAUCAGCUUGGAACCAGCACUACUGCUGAAAGGGGACAUCAUGGUGAAAUGCUACCACAAGUGCUGCAAGCCCCACGAGAGGGAAGUCAUUUUUAGGGUCCAGUUUCACACAUGCACCAUCCAUAAAACACAUCUGUGCUUCAGUAAGGACCAGCUGGACUGUGCCUUCACAGAUGACAGAUUCCCAGAAGAUGCUUCAGUGGAAUUCAUGUUUUCUACUGGACAAGACAAAGCUAAAGGCCAAGAAACAUUCAGCAAGGAUCCGGAUGUUUCAGUGGAUUAUGAUAUCACAGAUCCGGUAGUGCGAUAUGAUUCCUAUGAAAACCUCAAUAUGACUCAUGAGGACGGCCUGGAGGAUUUGAGCCAUACCCGAGGACCAUUGGAUGGAAGUCUUUAUGCACGUGUGAAGAAGAUCACCCCAGUGACAUCUAGUAAUGGAAGUCCAGAGCAGCAUGGACGUCUCCUGUCUGUCAGCAGUGACUCUGGCCAUUCUUCAGCCCCCACAGAGAGGCUGGAGGAAACUCCUCAAAAGACUUUGCCCACAGCAACUGAAAGAAAAGAUCUGGAAAGACUUUUGGGUGGCUUUGGCGUCAGCGUGAAGAAGCAAGAGGCGGAGCCCCAUUACUCUCAAAUGCUUAAGCAUGAAGAAGUCACAACAAAAAAUUUAAAUCAAAGACAACUUAUGGAGGAAAGGGUACUGGAUGUACAGCAUAAGGCAAAUCAAGAAGGUACAAACCAAAACACUCAGACAAAGAUAAAUGGAGAAGUGAGACCUCCUUACUCUCCCAUGUGGCCUGUAACUCCUGAUGGAGCAUCCCAAUGUUUGUCUUUGGCUUCAUCAUCCUGGGAAGUUCAGAGAGAGGCACCUUGUGAGACUCAUUGGAAUGGUCAGAGAGAGGCAGCCAUUCUGGAAGAAGAAAUGGGACAAUAUGGGGAACUGGCUAUGUACGCAGGCAGAAGACCUGUGAUCUCAAGACACUGCUCCUGUAGGCUGGGUUACUCUGGUCUAAAUAUUGAGGGGCCGCCAAACAGAUCUUACUUCAGGCCAGAAGGCAUUAUUGACUCUCGUGGAGGGACAGGGACUGGUGUCAUUCUACAAACUGCUCAUUAUCCAGGAAUGUACGGAGAACAAGAAAGGAGGAGACUGUUUCGCUCAUUAUCUGAGGGACCUCAACAUUGCCCAGGUCAUGCACAGAGUCCACCAAAGAGAGGCAGUUUGAGGGAAACACGCCCAUACAUUUGCCAGCCUCCUCCACGUGAACCCCUUUUCCCACCAGUAUGCCCUUGCUCUCAUUGUCAGAACUCUGCCUGCUACCCUGUAACUAACAUGCAGCCAUUUCAUCGGGCGGAGCUGCCGUUGCAUAUUCCUCAGCCGUUGCAUAUUCCUCAGCCCUAUGGACAAAGUGUUCAAAUCAAUCAUGAUUUCCCACAUCCUUUCCAAGUCCCUCAAACGAAGAUGCUUUAUGGCUAUCCACCUCCACACGGAGAAGAACCACUGCAAUUUAAUCAUUUCACAGAAGGUGGCUAUGGGCAUACAUAUCCACAUUUUCUAAAUCCGUCUUACCUCCCUCCUCAGUGCCCACCUAAUGGCUAUGGUCCCCACUCUUUUCCUAAUUCCAUAUCCCCAUAUAGCCCACCUGGAGGUCAGUCUCCUCCUUCUGGCUCUAUAUCUCCAGCCAAUCUCUCUGCUCCCAGAAGAAUGAGCGGUGAUACAAUCUCUGCAAGCAGUGUAAAUGAACUCGCAUCUGUAGAACAGCAGCAACAGGAUGAGCCCAGUGAUCGUAUCAUGAAGUUGAAUGCUCCAACAAUGCAGCUGCAUAAGCACAUUGAGACGGGACCUGCUGUCGGCUCCUCUGCUAUUGUACAUACCAACUCUUCUGCCCAAGGGAGCCCUAAGCAGCCAAGUGUUCCCAUGGACACUCACAUAGCAAGAAGCACUGCUAACCCUGAUAUUAACAUGCAUGUCCAUAGCUCAGUGCAGGCAGAUCAUUUUGUGCAUCCACACAGUCCUGUGCACACAAAUACUCCCACAAAUACUCACUGCCAGUCUAGACAGACAAAUAACCUUCUAAAUGUGCAGAAUCCCAUUCUUCAGGGCCAUAGUGUCACUCCAACAAGUCCUACAUCCCCCACAAUUGGUCCACUUGUGCACAUGCAGAAUGUGAUUCUUCCAGGCCAUAAUCAGGGGCAGACAAGUCCUACAUCACUCAGAACAGCUCCACUUGUACACAUGCAGAAUCCAUCUCUUCAAAACUAUAGUCAGGGGCAAACAUGUCCUACAAUGUAUUCAUCAGCUCCACCUGUACACAUGCAGACUCCUGCUAUUCAAAGCCAUAGUCAGGGGCAAACAUGUACUGCAAUGUAUUCAUCAGCUCCACCUGUACACAUGCAGAUUCUUGCUCCUCAAAGCCAUAGUCAGGGGCAAACAUGUCCUACUUCUCCCCCACACACCCCAUCUGUACAUGUACAGAAUCCGGUGCUUCAGAUUCACAGUCAGGGGAAAACUUGUCUUACAUCUCCCCCACACAAUCCAGUUGUGCACACAAAAAACCAACAUUUUCAAAAUCAACAUUUGGGUCAAACAUGUCCUACAUCCCCAACACACAGUCCUUCUUCCCAAACAAGCCAUACUACACAGUUGCCCAGUCCGUCUGUACAGUUAAAUGGAAGUAGUUUGGCUGUAGAAGGGCAUGGCCAAUUGCACUCACCUGAUAAACAUGGACAAGCACAAGACGGUGUACCCACUCAUGGCCCGGCAUUGCAAGCAAACAGUCCACUCAACACAAAGAGUUAUUCUGAGCAAUCAGACGUCCCUGACCCUACACAAAACACAUGUACAGAAGCACAUGACACUCCUUCACCAUCUGAACCACAUGCACAGACAGACAGCUGUGUAGUCAAACAGAUCACCAAUACAUAUCCACAUUCUCCUAAUCACACUCAAUCUUCAGAGGGCCAGGCAUCUGUGACCUCAGCAUUUGCACCUACAGAAACAAAUGUGCCUCAACAAAAAUUGGUCCAGUCUCACAGCUCCAUAAGCACAAACAGUUCAUCAGUAAAGCCAUAUAGUACGGUCCAUACACAGAGUCAGCUUGUGCAGACAGACACUUCUGUAGAGACAAAGCUCCCUCCUGUACAGUCACACCAGCCUAUGCUUAAACCAAGUCAAGUCCACACUGUACAUACCCAGAGUUCUCCUGUGCAACUGUACAGAACCAUUGGAGGUCAGUGCUCACUGGUGCAGACCCAGAAACCUGCAAACGCAAACAACACUACAGUUACCGACAGGCCUGGAUUACCAGCAUCUCAAGUGAAUACUGCCCCCUCUGCCAAUGAAGCAAAUACAUUAUUGCCAAGUUCUUCAUAUCAAUCACAUGUAACUAAAGUCGUCCUGCCAGUACCUGUAACAACUGAGACUCCGAGAAGUCACUCUACAUUUGGACCUACUAUGUCAUUUCCCGGUGGAACAAUUGCUUUUGGGUCUGGUUACAGUUCUCAGAGUUUUUCUGUGCCAAAGACCACCAUACCACUCCCAAAGAGAAGUGUCACUAUAUCCUUGCCAAUCAGCCCAGUAAACCCCCAAGGAAAAGAAGCACCGACCAGCCCACCAAAAUCACCAAUGGGAAGUCAAUGUGAUCUUCUGCCUCCUUCUCCUACACCUUUAUUCCCUAUUAGAACUGCCUAUUAUACCAGCAGCCCACCUAGCGUACAGCCACCACAACUGCCAGAAAAAACUCACUCUCCAGCAGAAGGGGAAAAAGCUCAAGUGGAUCCCAAUGGAUUGUCUGAGUGCAAGAAAGAUACCCAACAAGAUGCUCCAGUUACAGGAAAUUUUGUGCAAGACUUUUCCAAGUUUUGGUAUAAGCCGACCAUUUCCCGGGAGCAAGCUAUUUUCAUAUUAAGAGGUGCAGAGCCAGGCUCCUUCCUUAUUCGGGACAGUAACUCAUUCCGUGGAGCAUAUGGUUUGGCACUGAAGGUGUCCAGCCCUCCUCCAAAUGUAGCUGUGCAGCCCUACAAAGGAGAUUCCUCCGAGCAACUGGUUCGCCAUUUCCUCAUUGAGACUGGACCAAAAGGAGUGAAGAUUAAAGGCUCACCAAUUGAACCCCAUUUUGGAAGCCUCUCAGCCCUGGUGUCUCAGCACUCAGUCACACCUCUCUCCUUACCAUGCAGACUUCAGAUCCCUUCCCGUGAUCUGGUGGAGCAGAGCUCAGAAGUCAUGGUCCCAACAAACAUGAGCACAGCAGCAGAUUUAUUGAGACAAGGGGCAGCAUGCAGUGUGCUGUACCUUGGCUCUGUGGACACAGAAUCUCUAACUGGACCCCAGGCCAUUUCCAGGGCAUCAAAUGCCAUUCUGACACCUCCAAGGUCCUGUGCAACUACUGUCCAUUUCAAAGUGUCUGACCAGGGUAUCACCCUUACGGACAGCCAACGAAAACUGUUCUUCAGGCGUCAUUAUCCUGUUUCUAGUGUAACGUACUGCAGUAGUGACCCACAGGAUCGCAGGUGGACCAAUCCAGACAGGACAACGUCAAAGCUGUUUGGUUUUGUGGCUCGGAAAGCCGGCACCGCGGCUGAAAACGUGUGUCACCUUUUUGCAGAACUGGACCCUGAGCAACCGGCUUCAGCCAUUGUUAAUUUUAUCACCAAAGUCAUGCUGGGGGCACACAAGAGAUAAAUGAUAGCGUUCGUUUAGGGGAAGGCAUUCUGGGAAAGAAGACUAAAGGUCAGCGAAUGUCAUGGGAUGGGACCCAGAUGAUGUUAGAGUGAGUGCUUGCGGCAUAUGUGGAUAUUGUUACUCCUGUAACCCAAUUCUGCCAGAGCUUCCCAAAAAGGACAUGGAAUGUUGGGGGAAUUUAUACUCCCCGCUCGAUGGAGAAAAGCAGAGCAAGCAUUAACCUUGUGAUACUGUAUUGAACAUUACUGUAGAGAAUGUAAAUGCAGCUGCCAGCUCCACUGGAGGUCUGCAAAGCUCAAUAGAACGGCAUCAGACAGAAAGAUAUGACAAACGUAUCAUCUACCCCUAUCAUCUACACGAGCUACAAUAGCAAGCAGCCAUUUUUACACUCCCUUCUGUACUAGUACUAGUAAGUCCAUGUAAAAAAUAUGGGAAUGUCUUGCCCCUACUCCAACUCUAGGGAGCUUUUUAUGGUAUCUGCUAAGUCCUGGGCUUGCCCACAGCAUGCAGUUUAAUAAUCACCAUAACAAUGUAAGGGGGAGACCGUGAACAAUAACCAGCAUUUGUGAUGUAUGUCUAAGCUGUAAAAAUACAUUUAGGGGGGUGUUUGUGCAUCAAUGUUUCAUUCCAUAUAACUGCCAGUUCUUUCCGAAAGUUGCGGCUUCAUUAGGAAUUCAUUCUGCCGCCUUGUUAAAUCCCAGUUAGGUGGACUUGCCAUUCGUAACGCUUGCUCUUUUGCCACAGGUGCACUCGGUCUUUAUGAUGGAAUUAUUGAACAUAAAAAACGUAAAUCCACCAAUAAAAUGAAAGUUUCUUUGCCUUGGAAGCCGAUUGUGGCCGGAGGCUGUUAGACUGGCUUUGUAUUUGGCGGGAUAUUGUUUGCAUAUGUCCUAACACAGAAGUCUCUUGGUUUUGUUCAAUGUUUAGAGCCAUGAAUUUAUCCUCCAGACAGAAAAAGUUCUACAUUUCCAUCACAAAGUGGAAAACUUGCAGAUAAUGUGAUAUUUCCAGGGGUCACUGUGUAGAAUAGACCAGCAAAUCUCAGGCACUCAUAGAACUGGAAAUGUAUUUGCCUGAUCAUUAGAAUCAGAUACAAUAAUGCCAUAAUAAUACUGAACACUGCUGCAUUUUAGCAAGGAUAUUUUUCUU